AUGUCCAAUUCAAACACUAAAAAUGAUAUUUCUAUCCCUAUUUCUAAAUUGGACAAUCAUAAUCCGAAUUCCCAAUUCCAAACUCAAAAUCCCCAAUUAAAAAACCCCAAUCCCGAAAUUGAAACCCCUAAUCCCGAAAUUCAAACCCCAAAAUUCCAAUUCCUAACCAAAUCCUUUGCUGCUGCUGUACACGGUGAUCUCGGACCUCCAAUUGCUUCUUCUAAGGUUGAUCGUCGUCGUCACUUGCUCCACCAAGAAGAUAUCGCUCCAAUUGGGACAAUUAAAGUGAUAGAUGGCAAGAAUGUGCUCUAUUUCUCGAAAGAGGAGGUUGAUAAGAUGCUUGAGCCGUUAAAGUACACCUUGAUUGGUAAGUUUUCUCAUGGGAUACAUCACUACAAAGUUAUGGAGAAGUUUAUUUACGAUUUAAAGCCCCGCGGUUCCUUUGAGUUGCAUAAAUUGAAUUAUCGGCAUGUGUUGAUUCAAUUCUCGGUAUUAGAUUAUUAUUCUUUACUUUUGAGAAGAUCGAUAUGCUAUAUUGAUGGGCUGCCCAUGCGUGUUUUUAAAUAUACUCCGGGCUUUAAUUUGAAAAACGAAACUUCUAUAGCGCCGGUCUGGGUUAAUGUGCCGGGAGUUCCUCCUUAUAUGUACAACCGGGAAGCUAUAUUCUUCCUUGCUUCUUCUAUUGGAAAUCCACUUGAGUUUGAUGAUUUUACAGCCGAUCGAAAGAAGCUAUCUGUUGCUCGAUUUUGCGUCGAAAUUGAUCUCUUGAAACCGAGGGUUGAACAAAUUCCGGUGAUGACUGGCUAUGAUGAUGUUGAGAUGAUUUCCUUGCCGGUAAACUACGAGAACGUCCCAAAAUUCUGCACGUUUUGUUCUCACCUGGGUCACUCGGUUGAAAAUUGUUAUAUGAAUGGAAAUGCUAAAAAACCGGAUUUUCCACCACCGCCACAACGGAUUCCCAAACCCACAGCCUUACCAAAGGAAAAACAAGUUUGGCGACGAGUUGAAAAGAGGAAAAAUGUUGUUGUUGAAAACAUGGAUAUUCCUAAAACAUCGGGGACAAAAUCAACUGAAAAUCCUAGUUUUUCUCAAGCUAUUGUGCGGACUACUGCCGAUAAUAUUAGUGAAGGAGAUUUUGAGCAUUACAACCCCUUUGAAUUGUUGGAGAGUGGGGCUCAAGAGGAUAUAGAGGCUGCUCAGAUUCAACCGGAUGUUGCUUCCAAACAUGUUACAAAAUCUUCGAAAAAGGGCCGAAAAAAUACUUCUAACACCAAACAACCGAUGAGCCCAGACCCUAUAGAUACUAUUGCCGAUGAUCAAGCAACUGAUUUAGAUGAUAUGGAGGCCUUAUCCAUGUCCAAAAAAAAUCAGCAUGUGUCUCCCUCCAAAAAGAACAGAAAUCAAGCUUCUAGUUCCCGAACCGCAAAGGGGGCAGCCCUCUCAACCCCCUCUCUAUCACCUUCAGCCACUUCGGUGGCCAAGGAUGUUCCCCUUAAUCAUGGGGUACACGGACGAGAGGGGUCAGGACUUUCGGCGGGUACGGAUCCGAUUACACCUACGUCGGCUGCCUUAUUUUGCGAACACUAUGUGACCAAGGUCCGGCCCACGGCCGAUCAAAAUUUGGCCGGCACGCCUCCUUUCAAUCACCUUGCCAUGAUCCCUUAUGAGCCCGUGAGCCCAGCCACGAGCAUACGCCCAGCUAAUCACGCUACUCCGGGCUCUAUCACUGAUGAACCUUCGGCCUCGUAG